CCCGCCCUCGCCAUGUCGCUGCAGCCCGACGCCGACCCCGACGCACCCUCGGCCGCGCCGCAGCCGCUGUCCGCAGCGCGCGACGACGACGACGCCGCCGCCGUGGGCGCCGGCUCCGACGACGGCGCCUCGGACCCCGAGGACGACGUGCCCGACUACUCGCAGCUCCUCGCCCUCGCCGCGCGCGCCCGCAGCAGCGCCGCCGUGCCCUUCAUCCCCAAGCGCGGCGAGAAGGACUUUGAGCCGACGGGCUUCGGCGCGCAGCAGCGUGCGCUCGAGAAGUCGCGCGCCGCCAUGCGCGAGGCGAUCAGCGGCGAGCGGCGCAUCGGCAGCAAGCUGCUCUCGACGGGCACGUGGGUGCCCGAGCUGCAGCGCUGCGUGCUGCACACGCAGCACGGCGCCGUGUUUGCGUCGCUGGGCUGCACGCGCCGCGUGCCGCUGCUCGACGACGGCAGCGACGCCGACCUCUGGCCUGCGGCGGCGGCAGCGAGCCGGCCGGCCGUGGCGGGCGUGACCAAGGACGGCGUCUUCUACCCGCGCACGCGCGCCCGCGUCGAGCUGCUGCCCGAGGAGGCGCUCUACCUCGUCGAGCGCGGCAGCCUCGAGUGCCGGCGGCGCGUGCAUGCCUACCGCGGCACGGCGCACGACGCCGACGAGGCGUGGGUGGGCAUGAGCGUGCAGCAGGCGUGGGCGGAGCUGAGCACGAGCGACGGCCUCACGCGCGAGCGCUACCAGGUGUAUGCGUACCUCAAGCGGCUCGGCUAUCCAGUGCAGCGCGCGGCGACGUACGAGGAGCUGCACCGCACCGCCGUCGCCGCACGGCAGGGCGAGAGCAGCACGGCCGCGGGCAUCGUCGCGGACCCGCGGCGGCCGCUGCGCCUCGUGACUGUCUUCGACCUCCUGCUCUAUCCCUUCCGACGAGCGGCACAGCUGCUCGGCGAUGCACGGUACAGCGUUGCGAUGUGGCUCCGCCGGCUGCUGGCACGCCUCGCACCGCCGCCGCCGCGUGGCACUGGCCUGCUGGGCAUCGGCGGCAGGCGGUGGGACACCUAUGACUCGGCCUUCUCGCAGCUGCGCAUCGUGCCCAGCGGCCACGCAGCACGUCCGCGCCAGGCACUGCCGGCCACCGAGCGCUUCCCGAUCUUCUACUACGCCUGGCGGCCGGCGACGCGCUUCAAGAAGUCAGACCCGUCGCCGCCCGAGUUUCGCAUUGCCGUGGCGCCCGCACGCUCGACGUCGGUGCCGACUGCGGCCGAGUUUGCUCAUCUCUUUGGGCAGGUGCCCGUGCCGCUGGCCCUCGGCGAAGCGGGCGACGAGGAGGCUCAGCGCGCCCGCGAGGAGAAGCAGCGCAACGACGAGAGCUACGGGCGCAUGGCUGUGCGCAAGCUCGAGCGCGAGCGGCGCGACGCGCAGCAGAACGAGCUGCAGCGCAAGCGCCGCGAGGAGAGCCCGCUGCUCCGCAUGCUCGCACGCCUGCCUGCGCCGCUGCAGGCGCGGGUCGAGGCACUGGCCUCGCUACUGCGCCGUCUGGGCGUGCUCGUGGCGGAGACCUUUGCACACGCACCGCCAGGAGCGCUCAUCAAGUUUGUGCCGCGCCGCGGCCCUCGGACCGGCGCCGACCGGCGGCCGCCGAACCCGUUUCCGGCGCUCAAGGCCGGGCGCCGCACCGUCGUGCUCGCCAUCUGCGACCACGGCACCACGACGAUGCUGCGCUUUGGCGAGGCCGAGUUUGACAAGUGGCAGCUGGCCGGCGAGGGCGGGCCGGGGCGCGGCUGACUGCGAAUUAGACACUAGUGAU